AUGUCCUCAAUGGACUACGAAAUAGCCAACCCACAUACCAGGCCUUAUUAUGGCCAUCAGCGUCAUCAUACUGUGAAUGCUAGCCCAGUCCCGGCAUAUGUAAACAGAAGUGUUCCAACCUAUAGUCUCAUGAACCAGGAGCAGAUGCCUCAGCCUAAUAGCCUAGCUUCUCCACGACACUCACCCAAUAUUCAGCCUUGGAAGCGGCAGCAGCCACAAAGCUCUCUUUCAUUCAUCCCUUCGACAUCUCCGCGCUUUGAACAAUCCGAAUAUACAAUGUCACAGUCCAGACGCCCAUUGGACCGCGGCACCGCUUGUAUCUCGCCCUUCCGUUCCGUGCGCAAAAUGAAAGAGCCUUUCCAACUUCGUCUGCCAGCAUCACCAUCUGUUGAUAACAGUUCACUCGCUCCUGGCGAGUCUCGAGUGACUUCUCGCCCUACUGAAACCCGGACGUUGCGACCAUGGCGGUCAGAGCAGAAUCUCGUUGCGUCUGGCCUAGACACAUUCGGGCUUCUCCCAAGCCCGCCGCUAUCUGACUCGCAACCGUCUCAAGCAUCACCUGCAUCGACCUACUUCUCUUCCAAAUCGGCAUCUGAAACCGAGGCCGACCGAGAAACGGACUGCAGCUGCCUUCCACAAGCAGUAUCAUGCAACCACUGCACCCCUCAAACUCCCGCGACCGAAGUAUCCGUUCAGAGCCGCAAGUUUGAAGCGACUAAUGUACACAUGGCGCACUCAACAUUUGUCAGGCAAUACUCGCUAGGGAAGAGGAACUUCUCCGGUUCAUCUGCAGCAACGCAAAGGAGUAGAUCUGGCACAGUAUCCAGUGAGGGCAGUUGGGUUCCAAGCAGCCUUUCAUAUUGUGAAACAUGGCUUCAAGGCGCGCCUAUGGAUUCUGCAGAAGAUGAAGCCGGCAAAUCUACAAUCUCGAAUCGGAGAAAGUUUCAAAUUGUCCAGAAAAGCCCGCUGGUUCCAGAUUGGAAGCGUGCACAUAAUGACGCGGUCCUUGCGGUGAAAAGUAAGAUGAAGCCGAAGCUGGUUGAUAUAUCUCGACAAUCCUCACCAGCAAUGAGCUACUCGCUCCCUACUCCAACGCACCCCAUACCUGCCACUCCAGAUCAUAGCCUGCCAGAGGUGUCUGCUUUCAGUCCUGAUACGCCCUUAGAAUUGUCCGACAGUGGAUAUGCCACACAGAACCCCGUCUUCUUACCGAAGAACCGUAAGGGUGGCGGGGAAAGCCUUAAUACAGACCAGUGCUCAGUGGCUUCAGGAACAAUGGGCAAAACAAUCAUUGGUGAUCCAGGAGCAGGAAACGGAGAUGAAUCGGAGACAGAGCCAAAACCACCUCCACAUAAAGUUGCGCCUCCGUCCGAGCAACAGGCGUCACCUCGUGCUGCAUCAACCAAAUCGGACAAGGAGGAACUGGAGAAGCUAUGGGAUCACGAGUGGACAAUCGACCAGCUGGAACACUCAGUCAACGAUUUCCCGCAAAACAUGCUUCGACUGACCUCGCCGGUUGUGGUGUUUCUUCGACAUAAUCAAGAACGAGCAUUGAUGCGGCCUUUCCGCCAAAUAUUUCCGAACGCUCCUACAUCUAUUCUUGACUCGCUCUGCGCCGUGCUGAUAGCGAAGAACUAUCUCCUUUCGUUGCCAUCGCUCAGCCGCAAAACGACCAAUAUGCAACUCAGUGCGCAGAUCUCAAGGUUGGAUACAGUGCCAGAGAAGGCAAACUCGAUCCUUGGGAUGAAGUUCGCACAACCACAGCCUUCGCGUAUCCGCGACCAGGUUCUUGGUUCCCGAAGCAGCAAACUAUUGGAAGAUCUCGACUCAAUCCUGGACAACCUGUUAUUCACCCUUCGCGGUCCUCACGAUGAGGCAUUGAAGUCUGCCGUGUUAGUUCUGAUGCAGGUCCUGGAGACCAAAGCAUAAGCGUCCCCUCUUUCCUUCCAUUGCUUACCAAAACUACUUUCACUCUGAUUUCCUUUUCUUCUACCUCACAGCGAUCCAAAUCUAGACUAGACCUUGCCGUUCACUGAGCCAUUUCCUAUCAUUACCUCUUUUUGUCUCCCAUGGAAUACUCUUUCGCACUCGUUUGACCUGAUUUCCCCUUUCUUGCCCCUUGCUGCCGGCGAAGUCCAUCUAACAGAGCUGUGUGCGAUAAGCCACAGUAGUUAAUGUGUAAUUAAUUCAUUCAAUACU